AAGACGGGAGGAACAACUGACCCAGGUGAUAAUGCAGGGAGUCCGGCUGCCGGACCCGCGUGUUGGUUGAGAGAGUUUGCCCCCCCAAGAAUGAGGGGACGUCCGCUGGAACCAGGGCUGGGAUUAACCUUGGCCGCCAUGAUGCUGUUACUCUCUGUGGGUGGGAGCCAGGCUUCGGAGUUGUCCUUUCUGGAGGAACCCAGCGACGUGAUUGCUGUGCGUGGGAAACCGCUGCUCCUCAGCUGUCGGGUGGAGGGAGAGGAGCCGAUCUGGAUCAGCUGGAGGAGGGGCAGCCACCCCCUGCCACCGAGCCCCCGCCUCUCACUGCUGCCCAAUGGCUCCCUCCUCAUCACCAGCUUCCUGCGGAGGGAGAAUGAGUCAGACGCUGGCGAGUACGCCUGCUUGGCGCAGAACCGCUUCGGACGGCUGCUCAGCCGCAGGGCCAGGGUGCAAGUGGCAACUCUCUCCCGGUUUCUGACCCACCCACGGUCCAUGAGAGUCCAGCUGGGAGGAGUGGCUCGAUUCCAAUGUCAGAUCAACAGUGUUCCCAGAGCCACAAUCACCUGGGAACUCAAUCGAGUUCCCCUCAACAUGGAGGACAACAGGUACACCUUGUUGCCAAGUGGCGUGCUGCAGAUUACGAGGGUGGGGCGUCAGGACCUGGGGGACUACCGCUGCAUGGCAGCCAAUGCGGCCAACACCCGGGCCAGCCAGGAGGCACGGCUCAGCCUGGCGGGGUGGUCCCCACGGAUGGACGAGGAGCCCGAGAUCCUGUCGGGACCCCAGAACCUGACGCUCACCGUGCACCAGACGGCCAUUCUGGAGUGUAUUGCCACCGGCAACCCCCGGCCCAUCGUCUCCUGGAGCCGGCUCGAUGGGCGCUCCAUUGGCGUGGACGGGAUCGAGGUCCUUGGCACCGGAAACCUGAAGAUCUCCGAUGUGACGGUGUACCACUCCGGCGUCUACGUCUGCGCCGCUAACAAGCCCGGGACGCGUGUGCGCCGUACGGCCCAGGGGCGCCUGGUUGUACAAGCACCCCCGGAGUUUGUGCAGUGGCCGCAGUCGAUGAGGAAGCGGACGGGCAGUACAGCCGUCUUCACCUGCGUGGCACAGGGGGUCCCGGAACCGCACCUCGUCUGGCUGAAGAACGGUCGUGUGCUCUCGGCUCCCAGCGACAACAUCAACCUGACCCACGGCAACAGCACCCUGAUCAUAAACCGCGUGAGGGCAUCGGACGAGGCCAUCUACCAGUGCGUGGCCCAGAACAGCGCGGGCACCAACCAGGCCAGUGCCCGGCUGGCAGUCACCUUGUCCCAGCAGCUGCCCGCCCCCCCGGCGGAGCCCCGGGCCGAGACCCUCUCCUCCACCGCCAUCCGCCUCUCCUGGAGCGAGCCCUCGCACUUCGUCACCGAGGAGAUCAUCGGCUACGUCCUCCACAUCCGGCCCGCAGCAGAGGAGUCCGGGAAGGAACUGCAGGAAGCAGUCAGUAAGACCACGUUCGAGCACGUCUUCACUAACUUGCGGCCCGGCACCGAGUACUCCAUGUAUGUGCAGGCCUACUCCCCCGUGGGGGCCAGCGACCGCUCCCAGCUCGUCACCGCCAUCACGGGGGGCGAAGUUCCAGAUGUGAUGUUCUUCGCCCAGGUGUUGAACUCCACGGCCGUGCAGGUGUUUUGGGAGCCUCCGCACCGGCCCGGGCUAGUCCAGGGCUACAAGCUCUUCCACCGGCAGCUGCCAAGCCCUCGGGUGCAGGGACCCGUCCUGCUUCCCAGCACAGCUACCACCUACAUCUUCCACCACCUGGAACCCGCGACCUUGUACGAGAUCAAAAUGCAGGCGUUUAACCAACAUGGCAAUGGCAACAGUACCGUCCGUUUUGUAUCCCUCAGGGAGAGCGCGGAGAAGCCAGCGCCGUCGGACCCCGGCUGUGACUGCCGGAAGCCUCAGGAAGCCUCGCUGAGUGGGAUCGUGGUUGGAAUUCACAUCGGGAUUGCCUGCAUCAUCUUCUGCAUCCUAUUCCUGUUGCUGGGAUAUCGGAGGAGGCUGUUUGAUUGUCGUGGCUUCAAAGAGAGCUGGUCAAUACCCCAGUCACGGUACAGCACAGCCAUAGACGGGGAGAAUGGCAACCUGGAGCCUGAGGGGAAAGAGGACCGGGCAUUGGAGCUGACAGAACUGAAGGGGGACCCAGGGAGCCCGGUUCACCCCGAGCAAAGAGCCUGAGGGCGUCAGACCGCAGAGAGAGACCGGCGCCUCCGCCCUCACCUCGAACCAAAGGACCGACACUGCACCCG